UGGGAAAGAAGGUGAGAAAAGGUUGAAAGCACGCGACCACAAUGCAGUGAAGGUGAAGGGAAAAUGAUGGUGGUUGUUGUUCUUACAGAUGCCUGGCGCGGCUCGCUUAUGAGACCCUUUCGUUUCCACAACUACCCUUUUUCCCACACGCCCUCUCUCUCCACUUCUAAUUAUAUUGCUUUCUCUCUCUAACAUUGUCGGAGAACACACUCUCUUUUUUUCUCUCUCUCUCAAUCUCUCUCUCUCUUCUUCACACUUUCUUUCUCGAGCAACUGAAUUCGUCUCCGAUUCGCUCUCCUCUGCGUCUCUCUGUUACAACGCUGCUUCCCCAUGGAAGCAGGGGAAGAUUGCUGCGUUAAGGUCGCGGUCCAUGUUCGGCCACUCAUCGCCGAUGAGAAGCUUCAAGGAUGCAAAGAUUGCGUCACCGUCGUUUCUGGGAAGCCGCAGGUACAAAUUGGUGCUCACUCCUUUACAUUUGAUCACGUUUAUGGAAGCACUGGUUCUCCCUCAAGUGCCAUGUUUGAAGAAUGUGUUGCUCCCCUUGUUGAUGGUUUGUUUCAAGGAUAUAACGCUACUGUUCUCGCUUAUGGUCAGACAGGUUCUGGGAAAACGUACACCAUGGGAACUGGCUUUAAAGAUGGUUGCCAAACAGGAAUAAUACCUCAAGUUAUGAACGUUUUGUUUAGCAAAAUUGGGACCCUAAAGCACCAGAUUGAUUUUCAGUUGCAUGUGUCUUUUAUUGAGAUUCUUAAAGAAGAAGUAAGAGACUUGUUGGACCCCUCGUCCAUGAACAAACCAGAAACUGCAAAUGGACAUUCAGGAAAAAUUACCUCUCCUGGGAAGCCACCAAUACAAAUUCGUGAGACAUCAAAUGGUGUCAUCACCCUUGCAGGAUCCACUGAAGUCAGUGUUACAACACUAAAGGAAAUGGCUGCUUGCCUGGAACAGGGAUCAUUGAGCAGGGCAACUGGGAGCACAAAUAUGAACAACCAAUCCAGUCGAUCUCAUGCCAUCUUCACCAUCACCCUAGAACAAAUGCGAAAGCUGAAUAGUCCUGGUGAGAGUGGUUUAAAUGAUACCAUGAAUGAAGAGUAUCUUUGUGCCAAGUUACACUUAGUAGAUCUUGCUGGAUCAGAACGAGCUAAAAGAACAGGGUCUGAUGGUCUGCGUUUUAAGGAAGGAGUUCACAUUAACAAAGGCCUUCUAGCCCUUGGCAAUGUUAUUAGUGCACUUGGUGAUGAAAAGAAGCGAAAGGAAGGUGUUCAUGUUCCUUAUAGGGAUAGUAAGCUUACUAGGCUUUUGCAGGAUUCACUAGGAGGUAACAGCAGAACUGUCAUGAUUGCUUGUAUAAGUCCUGCUGAUAUUAAUGCUGAGGAAACCCUUAACACUUUGAAGUACGCAAAUCGUGCACGCAAUAUCCAAAAUAAGCCUGUUAUCAAUAGAGACCCCAUGUCCAAUGAGAUGCUAAAAAUGCGACAACAGCUAGAGUAUUUGCAGGCAGAACUUUGUGCUCGAGCUGGUGGCUCUUCUGAGGAAGUUCAGGUCCUUAAGGAAAGAAUUGCUUGGCUUGAAGCUGCUAAUGAAGAUCUUUGCCGUGAACUUCAUGAAUACCGUAGUAGAUGUUCUAUUGCAGAACCAGGUGAAAGGGAAGCUUAUGAUGGUAACACAUACAUUGUGAAGACUGAUGCAAUUAAGAGGAGCUUACCUAUCAUAGAAGCUGAGUAUCCAAUGAGUGAAACAGUGGCAGGUGAUUCUAGGGAAAUAGAAGAAGUAGCAAAAGAGUGGGAGCACACACUUCUGCAGAAUAGUAUGGAUAGAGAGUUACAUGAAUUGAAUAAACGCUUGCAACAGAAAGAGUCCGAGAUGAAGCUUUUUGGAAUAUCUGAUGCCGAAGUACUCAAGCAGCAUUUUGGUAGAAAGAUAACGGAAUUGGAAGAUGAGAAGAGAGUAGUGCAGCGAGAGAGAGAUUGUCUUUUGGCAGAAGUUGAAAAUCUCGCUGCCAAUUCUGAUGGACAAACACAGAAAUUAGAGGAUAUUCACGCCCAAAAAUUGAAAGCACUUGAAGCACAGAUUAUGGAUCUGAAGAAGAAGCAAGAGAGUCAGGUCCAGCUUCUGAAGCAAAAGCAAAAAAGUGAUGAAGCAGCAAAGAGACUGCAAGAUGAAAUACAGUGUAUAAAGGCUCAAAAGGUUCAAUUGCAGCAAAGGAUAAAACAAGAAUCAGAACAGUUUCGGCAGUGGAAGGCUUCAAGAGAGAAAGAGUUAUUGCAAUUAAAGAAGGAGGGAAGAAGAAAUGAGUAUGAAAGACACAAGCUGCAAGCUUUAAAUCAGCGGCAGAAAUUGGUUCUUCAGAGAAAAACUGAAGAAGCUGCGAUGGCUACCAAGAGGUUAAAGGAGUUGUUAGAAGCACGUAAAACUUCAGGCCGAGAGACUUCAGUUACAACGAAUGGAAGUGGAACAAAUGGUCAGAGCAAUGAGAAGUCUUUACAACGGUGGCUUGAUCAUGAGCUAGAAGUUAUGGUAAAGGAGCACGAAGUCCGUUUUGAGUAUGAGAAACAGAGCCAAGUGCGAGCUGCCCUUGCAGAUGAAUUAGCCAUGCUGAAGCAAGUAAAUGAGUUUGCUGCAAAGGGUCUCAGUCCUCCAAGAAAGAAUGGAUUUGCCAGGGCAUCCUCCAUGUCACCAAAUGCAAGAAUGGCCAGAAUAGCUUCCCUUGAGAACAUGCUGAGUAUAUUAUCUAAUUCACUUGUUGCAAUGGCUUCUCAACUUUCUGAGGCAGAAGAACGAGAAAGAGCCUUCUCUAAUCGUGGACGCUGGAAUCAAUUGCGUUCAAUGGGAGAAGCGAAGAAUUUGCUUCAAUAUAUGUUUAAUUCUGUUGCAGAUGCUAGGUGCCAACUCUGGGAGAAGGACAUGGAGAUCAGGGAAAUGAAAGAUCAAAUAAAAGAACUCGUUGGUCUCUUACGGCAAAGUGAGAUGAAGAGAAAAGAAAUUGAGAAGGAACUAAAAGUGAGAGAACAAGCUAAUGGAAGCACACUGGCUACACCACCUUCGGGUGACUCCCCUAAUCCAUUGAAACAACAAGCUGAAGACAUGAAAGGGCCUUUAUCUCCAAUGUCUAUGCCAGUGCCUAAACAGCUAAAAUACACGCCAGGGGUUGCCAAUGGGUUGGUGAGGGAAUCGGCAGCAUUUGUAGAUCAGGGUAGAAAGAUGAUACCCAUCGGACACCUGUCAAUGAAAAAACUAGCAAUGGUAGGACAAGCUUCUGGAAAGUUAUGGAGGUGGAAAAGAAGUCAUCACCAGUGGCUGCUACAAUUCAAGUGGAAAUGGCAGAAACCAUGGAGACUUUCAGAAUGGAUACGACAUAGUGAUGAGACGAUCAUGAGAACAAAACCACGCUCACAGGCUUUGCCACGUAUCAGGUGAUCUGUUUUAUGAUCAGCCUAUUCAUGUGGCUCGGUAUUUUUCGAACCACAAGAAUUAUCCUAGACACAUGGCAUUGGAAAUAACAGAGCACUAGGUACAGUGUAAUAUAAUUGGUUGCUGAAGCAAUGUAUAUACCUGCCAGUCUUGAAUAAUGCUGUCCAGAUCUUGGAAAUUUUGCCAUAAUUUUUCACAUAUGGAUGAUCUUGGAGGUAUGUUGCAAUGUAAUGUUUGGACAUUGUUACCCAAAUAAUGAAAAACGAAGAUGUCGCUUGCUUGAAGACAAUCGUAGAUUCUGGACAGACAAACUAUCUUGGAAAAUAGUCUGUUCAUACUAACAGUACAAGAAACAAA